AUGGCGGCUAUCUCACUAGAACAAAUCAAGAAUGAGUCUGUUGAUUUGGAAAAAAUCCCAAUUGAGGAAGUGUUUGCGCAAUUGAAAUAUACCCGAGAAGGUUUGUCCUCUACAGAAGGAGAAAGCAGGAUUCAAAUAUUUGGUCCUAACAAGCUUGAAGAGAAAAAGGAGAGCAAAUUUCUCAAGUUUCUUGGGUUUAUGUGGAACCCCUUAUCAUGGGUGAUGGAAGCUGCAGCUGUAAUGGCGAUUGCUCUUGCAAAUGGUGGAGGGCAGCCUCCGGAUUGGCAAGAUUUUGUGGGAAUUGUGUGCUUGUUGGUUAUCAAUUCAACUAUCAGUUUCAUUGAAGAAAACAAUGCUGGAAAUGCUGCUGCUGCUCUUAUGGCAGGUCUUGCUCCUAAGACGAAGGUUCUUAGAGAUGGUAAAUGGAGUGAGCAAGAAGCUGCAAUUCUCGUUCCAGGAGACAUCAUUAGUAUCAAGCUUGGUGACAUCAUACCAGCCGAUGCUCGUCUUCUAGAAGGUGAUCCUUUAAAGGUUGACCAAGCAGCAUUAACAGGAGAAUCACUUCCGGUUACUAGACAUCCAGGACAAGAAGUUUUCUCAGGCUCAACAUGCAAACAAGGAGAAAUUGAAGCUGUUGUUAUUGCAACCGGUGUCCACACAUUCUUCGGAAAAGCAGCACAUUUGGUUGACAAUACAAACAAUGUUGGGCAUUUCCAAAUGGUUCUCAAAUCAAUUGGAAACUUUUGUAUCUGUUCCAUUGCAGUUGGUAUGUUGGCUGAGAUUAUAGUCAUGUAUCCAAUUCAACAUCGCAAAUAUCGCGAUGGUAUUGAUAACCUAUUAGUCCUUUUGAUCGGUGGAAUUCCUAUUGCUAUGCCAACUGUUUUGUCUGUGACAAUGGCUAUUGGUUCUCAUAAGCUUUCUCAGCAAGGAACACUUACGCUUAACAAAUUGAGUGUUGAUAGGAACUUGAUUGAAGUUUUUAUUAAGGGUAUGGAUAAGGAACAUGUGAUUCUUCUUGCUGCUAGGGCUGCUAGGACUGAAAAUCAGGAUGCUAUUGAUGCUGCUAUUGUUGGAAUGCUUGCUGACCCUAAAGAGGCGAGGGCCGGGAUAACAGAGGUGUAUUUCUUGCCAUUCAAUCCAAAUGAUAAGAGAACUGCUUUGACAUACAUUGAUAAUAAGGAUGGAACCUGGCAUAGAGCUAGCAAAGGUGCUCCUGAGCAGAUUAUAGAGUUGUGUAACAUGAGAGAAGAUGCUCAAAAGAAGAUUCAUACCAUGAUUGAAAAGUUCGCAGAAAGAGGGCUACGUUCACUUGGUGUUGCUAGACAGGAAGUUCCUGAGAAAACAAAGGAAAGUGCUGGUGCUCCAUGGCAGUUUGUUGGUUUGUUGUCGGUGUUUGAUCCUCCUAGGCAUGACAGUGCUGAGACCAUUAGACAAGCUCUUAACCUCGAUGUUAAUGUUAAGAUGAUUACAGGUGAUCAACUUGCCAUAGCUAAGGAAACUGGUAGGAGACUUGGUAUGGGAACCAAUAUGUAUCCUUAUGCUACAUUGCUUGGUCUAGACAAAGAUUCAAGUGUGGCUUCAAUGCCAGUUGAAGAGCUUAUUGAGAAGGCAGAUGGAUUUGCCGGAGUUUUCCCAGAACAUGAAAUUGUGAAGAAGCUACAAGAGAGUAAGCACAUUUGUGGAAUGACUGGAGAUGGUGUGAAUGAUGCUCCUGCAUUGAAGAAAGCUGAUAUUGGAAUUGCUGUUGCCAAUGCUACUGAUGCUGCAAGAGGCGCUUCUGAUAUAGUCUUGACAGAACCUGAGUUUGAAAAGAGAUAA